GUGCGCAGAAACACUCGACCUUUUUCGCGUUACAGUUUCAAUUUUUAAUUAAAAAACAACAUUUUUUAGAAAUUUUAGGAUGAAAAAUAGUGAUUUCGCUACAUAAUAACUGAAUCAUAGCUUUUUUGUGCAUUUUGCGAAAAAAUAUUUUGUUUUAAAUUUUUGCCGGAAUUUAAUUUCACGGACGACAGCAAUUGGGGGAUUACAUUUCUCUAAAUUUAGUGGGUUUGGUCAAAUUCCGCGAAGUUAAUCCUGAUAAAGUAAUUUUGUAAUUGAACCAAAUUUUAGUUCUCGAAAAAGUCGUAGUUUUUUUGUCUAAACCAAACUUAUUAAAAGAUUUAUCACUAAUACGUUUAGAUAUGAAUAAAUUAAAUGCGACGAAACAGUGGCGUGACGCAGCUACUCUUAUGCUUGUUGCACGAUCCGGAGCGAAAAGGAAUGGAUACAAAAUAUUAAUGUUAAAAAGAAGUGCAAAAAGUAAGUUUAUGCCAAAUGCGUAUGUGUUCCCUGGCGGUGUGACGUCACUGACAACAGAUUUUACCGAAGAGUGGAAUGAUAUAUUCAAACGAAAUAAUUACUCCAACAAAUUCAGUAGACUGUUGAACACUACGAAGCCUCAACCAUCUGCGUAUACAAGCAACAUCUCACCGGGAAGGAUUCCACCAGAACUUGCGUUCAGAAUUUGUGCUAUAAGAGAAACCUUUGAAGAGUCAGGCAUUUUGCUGUUAACUGAUUAUAAUGGAAAGGAAAUAGUACUUGAUGACCCUACUCAUAAUCUUGGUGGUGAGUUUGGAACUUUGCAAAGUUGGCGAGACAAGAUCAAUGAAGACGAUAAUAAUUUUUUGAAACUUUUCAGAUCUUUGAAGAGUUCACCAAGUAUUCAUCAGUUAUUCGACUGGUCAACAUGGCUAACACCAAACUUUGUAUCUCGUCGUUUUGACACUAUGUUUUAUACGUGUUUUGUUGAUGAAAUACCAAAUCACGGAAGAGACUGUGGCGAAGAAGUUACUGAAACUGUGUGGUUAUCUCCUUUUGAUGUUUGGGACAACUCUUAUAAUUUCAAACCGCCUCAAAUUCAUGAAAUGUUGCGAUUGUCAAGAUACAAAACAUUCGAUGAAUUGAAAAAGUUCACAAUUCAGCGUGAAGCAUCUGGACUAAAUACUUGGUGUGCAUUUAAGAAAACUUUAAAAGAUGGUUUUGUAUGGACAUAUCCGGGUGAUGAUUUUCACAAUGCGGAUCCUGUUGCAGAAUCAGACACUAUGAAUGUUACAAUUAACGAACUAAGAGAAAUGUCACGUAAUACGAACCGCAUUGAAUUGGUUACUGACGACACAAGUGGCGCUGUUGUUCUGAACAAUAUAGACUGGUUUGGUCAUCCCUCGUUAGACAAACACGUUUUUGCCAGUGGUUUACUAAAGUAAUGCGCAUCUAGGUAAGUACCAGUGUACUAUUAAUUACUUCAACAAGCUAGCUCUAAGGUUUAUCAACUUUCAAAUGUAAAAAAAUAUGCUCUGAGAAAAGCGAAACAGUUCUAAAUCCUUGUUGACUUGCUUAUCCAGCCUUGUCUUCAGCGCUUCUCGUUUUCCCGCUCAGAAGAGGUUGACUAUCUUCGUUAGUUUCCGAUUUAGUAAACUUUAAAUCAUCUUUGACGACUUUCUCUCUGUUAGGCAAAGACUUCAAAUCGUUCUUGACAGCUUGCUGUGUUUUUUUACUACGUUUGUGAAGUAAGUGUCUUGGAGUAAAUUCUUCAUCUUCACUGCUGUGUUCAUUCUCCAAGUUUUUCUUUUUUCCCUCGUUUGGGUGACAAUUAUGAAUUCGAAUAUUUAUAUAUAUUAACAUGCAGAUGAGAAGAGCGAGGAAACCAAGAAAUAUGUAUGCUCUUACGAAAUCUAAAAAAAAAAAACAAUUUUGUCUAUACGAAGUGUGAACUUCAGAAAAAUUUUUAUUUUGUAAGAAAAUAAAAUUCUUCCAGAACGUAAGUUUUUAAAAUGAUUCGUGAAAUGAGGUUGAUAUAUUUUCAUAUUUUCUUAAUUUUUAUCUGCAUACCUGUGUUGUUACACAUAAUUACUUUCAUUUGUUCCUGUUUUUGCAACACCAUUAAGAAAGAAAGACACACUGUUACUGAACGAAUAUCGAUGUUAAGUACUGACAGUAUUACAAUUGGCUAGAACCAUCUUCUGACACUUGACCCUUUUAAUUUUCUUAAUACUUCAACCUUGAGGCUUAUUUUCUUACCAGUUUUUUCCUUAAAAAGAAAAUUAUCAGCCCGAAGGACCGAUGAGAGAAGAGCGGUGGAACAGAUGAGGCAAACAUUUUGUAAAAACUUUGACUAUCGGGCCCAACCACCGUAACCCCUUGGCUAGAAACUAUUCUACCCCCCACAAGCCCAACCUUUAAACGGUGUAAGAGGUCUUUACACCAAUCUCCAAUAAGUCAUACCUAUAUUUCAUAAAAAGUACGCAUUUAUUAUUUGAAGUACGCUUUUUUUACUCGUGUGUGUCUACCUUAUCAGUAAAAAUCUUUUAAUAAGAAACCGGAAAUUUAAAUUGCGUCAGUAUGCACUUAUAAAAUGCGUGUCGAUAUUUCAUAACUUUUUUAUUGGACAUGUUAUCAGAUUGCUACAAUUAGGUAGCUAUAAGACUGCUACAAUCAAAUGUUAGGAUAAUUUACCUUCGCUUUCCAUUUCUCAACCAAAAAAAAAAACAUAAAAAUCUUCUGGUUACUUUAUAUCACCUCCAUCUUCACGAAGAACUUUUGUAAACAUGAAAACAUAUUACAAACUAAUAUACUCUUCGCACUUAGGUCAUAAAGAAUAUUAAAUAUUUGUGAUAUAAUUAUUGUUAAAUGAUAGAAUAAAAUGUCUUGUAACCAUGGUGAUAUUUUUAAGAUAGCGUUUCCAUUAAGUUUAAACGUCGAGGAGUGUUGCAUAGUUCAGAAAAAACGACAUUGGACCUUUGUACCUGUCUAUAAGAUUCUGGUUAACUUUAAAAAAAAAAUCCAUUACCGUCUUCAAGUUAGGAUUGCCCUGUAAAUGUCGUUAUAAUAGCGUAUGUAGGCAGAUUUAUUCGGGACUCCAGCUGAAAAAUGCAAGAAGAACGAGAAAUUUGACAUACUGACAGACGAAAAGUCCUGCUUGUUUAGGGCUUCAAUUUAUGUCUGCUAAGUUGUGUUGUUAACUCCUCUUCUCUCAGCACGAGUUGUUCGAUAUCUGUCGUCAAUUUUGGCACAAAGCCAAAUUUAUAUUUAGCGUGCUCAGGCUGUAAGAAAUAUACAAGAAAACACAACGUCUGUUUUUAUGCUCGCAUCUAAUUAGCCUAAAAGCUUAUAUAUCCCUUUACUAAUUGUGUUAUUGUAAAAAAAAAAUAAUAAAUUUUCCGGCUUUAAAAGUCAUAUACAAUGGGUUGUAGCAGGGCUUUUUUGUUUACAUUUAUCCAAAGGACGCAAAAUAUAUAUAUACCUAUAUUUUUUUAAAAUUAUUAUUAAAAGUUCAAAAUUUUAGUUUUGAACGGUUUUCUAGCACACGUGCUAAAUAAAUUGAAAACAGAUCAAUGGAUUUUUGUGGUUUUGAACAAUCAAUGGAACACUGUUUCUUAUCAUGAUGACAUAUUCUUUCCUUUUUCAAGGUAAUUUUGUAAAAUUUCGCUUUUCUGUUUGUCAUUGUCAUUUGAUGGAAGUAACGCGUGAAACAUUGUUGUGUUUGUGUGAUACAAUGUCUCCACCAAUCAGCGAUGACUUUAACUAUAGUGAGUACUAUUUUUGUAUCAUCAAAUGGACUUGUAGUGCUAGCGUCCAAUUAGUUUUAUGUGUGUUAUCUUUUGUGAAAUGUUUGUAGUUAUUUGUGUUUUUUAAGUUAGAUUUA